UUUGCGUCAGGUGACGUGGUGACGUGACAAGGCGAACCGAACCCGCUGCCGUUAGCUUUGACUUGUUAGCGAGUUUGUUGACUUUUCUUGUUUCCUCGUUUAUCUCUCGGCAUCAGAGCAGUGACACGGAAAAUGGACAACAGUGGGAAAGAAAAGGAAGCGUUGGCUUUGAUGGCCGAGGCCGAGAAGAAAAUGAAAUCAUCGCAGUCGUUUUUCGGAGCGAUGUUUGGGGGUUCCUCCAAGAUGGAAGAAGCCUGUGACAUGUAUGUGAGAGCAGCCAACAUGUUCAAAAUGGCCAAAAACUGGUGUGCUGCAGGAAACGCAUUCUCCCAAGCUGCUUGCCUUCACCUCCAGAUGCAGAGCAAACACGAUGCAGCAACUAACUUCAUAGAUGCAGGAAACGCCUUCAAAAAAGCAGACCCACAAGAGGCUAUAAACUGCCUAAACCGAGCCAUUGAGAUAUACACUGAUAUGGGACGGUUCACCAUUGCAGCGAAGCACCACAUCAGCAUUGCUGAAAUAUAUGAGACAGAGAUGGUGGAUAUCGACAAGGCCGUGGCUCAUUAUGAACAGGCAGCAGAUUAUUACAAAGGUGAAGAAUCCACCAGUUCAGCAAACAAGUGCCUUCUGAAAGUAGCAACCUACGCAGCUCAGCUGGAGCAGUACCCCAAAGCCAUUGAGAUCUAUGAACAGGUUGGAACCCAUGCAAUGGACAGUACACUCCUGAAAUACAGUGCCAAGGAUCACUUCUUCAAGGCAGCGCUCUGUCACUUCUGUGUGGACAUGCUGAAUGCAAAACUCGCUGUGCAGAAGUACGAAGAGAUGUUUCCGGCUUUUUCAGACUCUCGAGAAUGCAAGCUGCUGAAGAAACUUCUAGAUGCCUGUGAAGAACAGAACGUUGAUGCCUAUACUGAUUCGGUGAAGGAGUUCGACACCAUCUCCCGGCUGGACCAGUGGCUCACCACCAUGCUGCUCCGCAUCAAGAAAACCAUACAGGACGAAGAGAGCGACCUGCGCUGAGUUCCCUUCCUGCUCGUGACCUCAAACCCUCAACAACCAACCUGCAUCCUCCUUUUUGCCUCGAGCCUCUCACUAGCAGCAAACUUAAUUGUUUGACUAUGAUUAGCCCCUCAUAUUCCCUCACAGAUACUGUUUCUUUCCCACCAUCUGCAGUAUUUGUUCUUGCCUUUUUAAUCUGCUCUCAAUGCUCCAGAAAUUAUGUUUUUUAUAGUUAUGAACACUAUUUUUCCCAUGUAUAUUGGUUGUAUAUUGUUAUGAACCAGGUAUUGCCCCACUUUUAGUUCACAUAUUCAUAAUGGGCUGCCGUACUGAAACUCAUACCAGCACACUUAUAAUAUAAUAAAGGUUUUAUUUUAUUUUCCUUGUUAUAAAGUGGAUGAGAGGAUGCCAAUUUACUAACUUUGGUCAAAAUGUUUUCCAGAAUGUGCUUUAGAACCUACUUGACUGACCAAAAUACCAAUCUAGACUAAAAUAAGGCGCACACAUGUUGGGUUUUGGUACUUUUGGGUGCUUGAGUAAACUGUAGGUCACAUCUAAUUAAACUGCACUUCAUCUCAGCUGCAGAGCUUCUCUCCCAGCAGAGAGGCCAAGAGUUUCUGAGCUUAUUCCACGGCAUUUGCCUUAUACUGCGAAAUUCUCAGGAUCUGAACAGCUAGAUUUGAUGAAAAAGGAAAAGAAAAAAAGAAUCCAUGCUUUUAGAAGCAUUAUCAAUUAAUAUGCUAAUAGUUUUUUUGGCAUUUCCAUUUAAAGUGCUUUUAUUUCACAAACAGUGAAAGAUGCUUGGCAUGGUUUGGUAAGAAUGAGAAAACUAGAAACAGAUGUUUUCCACUGUAUAGGAGUUAUUUCUCAAGUGUGUGUUCUUUUUUUUUUUUAAUUGUCUGAUUUGUGUUUUCUGUUUCUGUCAUAACUAACCAGGCUGAAAAGGCCUUCAUGAGAUGCAAUACAUUGAAGAAAAAAGGAGCUUUACUGAUCUGAACACUGUGCUCAUGUGCCCUUGUGGUGAUUUUUGUCAAGAGACAAUUGAUCUUAAAUAAUUUGUACGUCAGUGAUGUUUCCUGUCAAACGUUUGAAUAAACCUGUCUUAUGCUGGGCUUACACCAGACUAAAA